AUGGUACUAUCCGUUUCUUUCAGAUAUUUACACCUAUGUCGCACACUCCAGACUACCUAUAAAAUGGAACCCGCCGGCAGCCAAGGCGUACAUUCCAUAGAUGAUUUUCAGUUUCUUCCUUUUCUCUGGGGAAGUGCGCAACUAGCUGGUGAGUCUCUAAACACGAAGUUUGAGCUUCUCAGAUUUUCGGCUUCAGGCAACAAAUCUCUUGUACCCGAAUCUUAUUUGAAACCUACCACGGUGGAAGCUAAUGCACAUAAGUACCUCUUUUUCGACUGUGUAAAUUUUAUCAAUCAGACAAAGAGCGGACCGUUUUAUCAGCAUUCCAAUCAGUUAUGGAACAUCUCUGCUGUUCCCACUUGGACUAAAGUGAACAGUGGCCUUUUUAAAAUGUAUGAGGGAGAGAUUCUCAAAAAAUUCCCGGUGGUACAACACUUCCGCUUUGGCACAUUGUUUUCAUUCGAAAAGCGACCUGAAUCUGACAACAACGAGUCGAAUUCUCCGCAUCCACUAAAUACUGCAGACGCUAUCGCCCCACAAGACGUGGACGGUUCGCUUUCACCUCCAAUUUCCCCACAUUUACCAAAAAUAGAUGAAUGAGC